CUUUGGUGAAAAAUUUGAGUGUUUUGUGGAAAAUUGCUUUAAGUUACAAAGAAAUCCGAAAACGCGAUGGAGUCCGACGCCGGUCCCUUGGGGACGCUUCCUCCGACCGCUCGGGACGCAAUUCUGCAGUACCUGAACCUGUUCCAGCUGAAGCUGCUCCGCAUGGCCAGCCGCGGCCUGAAGCGACUCAUCGACGAAAGUCCGACGUUCGUGAACAAAUGCUUCGGGGACAUUCCGUAUGGGACGGUGCUGGAUCGGGGGUACGCACCUGCGGUCUGGGUCCGGGUGCACCAGGUUCGCAUCAUGCACUGCACCGUCAUCAGCGUGAGCGCGUGGUGGCCACGUCUGGCGGACCAUCUGACCUACAUCUACAUCGACCACAGCGCGUUCAUGCUGCCGGCCUUGGCGGAGAUUCUACGAAACUCGCCAAACGUGGCCACGCUCGGGUUGCACCAUCUGCGGCUGAUCAAUCCGAAUGAUCGCGCCGAAAAGUACGCCAACUUCCGGUUGGCCAAGCUGACCUACUUUUCGAUCGGGAAGGUCCACGAGCAGAUCACGGAGUUGAUGCGACUGGUCAUCCGUCCGCCCCAGCUGACCAAUUUUGGCUGCGUCUGGGACCACGAGCCGGAUGAUGACGAACAGUUGAUUGUGGACUUUUUGGAGGCUUCGCAGGGCACGAUUCAGUACUUGGGACUGUCUCCGACGCAGGAAAUGAUUGAUCAAAUUGGGAAUUUUCCACGGUUUGCUCCGAUUGCGGCCACGCUGUACUGCUCCCGGUUCCAGGCCGAACACGUGGUCAACUUUUCCCGCAGGGUGGCCACCCUGACCAGGCUGAUCCUGGAGGAGAUUUCUCUUUCCGAUGGGAUCAUUUUUGAGAUCUGCACAAACCUCCCAAAUCUGAAGGAUCUCAACGUGUGCAUCUUCUCUCCGGAAACCUGGAAGCCGUCCUUUCUGGACGCCACCCCAAAGCUAGAAUUUCUCGCCGUGCAGCACAAGCCCCCAGAUGGCUUCCUCCUCGGACAUCCCUGCCGCUCCACAACGGUCGGCGAUUUCGCCGAAUGUCCGCCCAGCCCGAACCUCAAGGAGAUCAUCCUCACCGGAAUCAACCCUAAACCGAACCUCCACAACUUCCUUCUCCAAUCGCCGAACCUGCGCAGCGUCACGCUCGACUUCAGGAGCGAGAACUUCUCGACCCUACUCCGCACCGUCCCACUGGCCAAGCUCAACAGCCUCACACUCCGCGCGAUGUCCAUCCCAGCCCUCGAGUUAACCACCGUCAACCGCUUCCACAGCCUCCGCAAGCUGACCAUCGUCCGGGUGGAAAUCCCCUCGCCGGUUCUGCAACCGCUGCUCGCCAUGUGUCCGGGCCUCGAAACGGUCCGCGCCCUUUUUUCGAUCGCCGACGACGGUGACGUUCGCUUCAUGUGCGAGAAUUUGCCGCGCCUCACGCGCUUGGAACUGUUCCAGUGUCCGCUGACGGACGCCACCAUCGCGCACAUCAUCAGCUUUGGCCACCGGCUGGAAAAGCUGCACAUUAGCAGCUGCUACGGCGUGUCGGAGGGGGCGCAGCGGCAGCUGAAGGCGCUCGGAACGAUCUGGGUGCAGUAGAAGUUGGCUCCGAAAGUCGGGAGCGUG